AUGUCCGCACAGCAGCCAGUGUUCGUGGUGAAUACUGGCCCAGAACGUCAUUCGGGACGCAAGGCGCAGGCAUCGAAUAUCGGAGCUGCCAAGACUGUUGCAGAUGUGAUACGAACAUGCCUUGGUCCUAAGGCUAUGCUCAAAAUGAUUUUGGAUCCGAUGGGUGGCAUUCUUCUCACGAAUGAUGGGCACGCGAUCUUGCGUGAGAUCGAAGUAGCUCAUCCUGCCGCAAAGAGUAUGAUUGAGCUAAGCCGUGCACAAGACGAGGAGGUUGGAGAUGGCACUACUAGUGUAAUUAUUCUCGCGGGCGAAGUGCUAGCGUACUCCAUGCCUUUGCUCGAACGUAAUUUGCACCCCGUUGUGAUCAUUUCUGCGUACAAGAAAGCCCUGACUCGUGCACUUCAAGUUAUUGAGUCGAUAUCUAUUCCUGUGAACAUUGAAAAAGACGAUGAAAUGCUUGCCAUCAUCAGAACUUCGAUCGGCACCAAAUUUGUGUCACGUUGGUCCGAGCUCAUGUGCCGCCUUGCGCUCAAGGCCGUCCGCACUGUUGCGAGUAUUGAUCCAACUGUGCAACGCUCAGUCGAUUCUCUAUCUUCCGGGGUUACUGUGGAUUUAAAACGAUAUGCACGAGUUGAAAAGGUGCCGGGAGGGGAAAUUGAGAACAGUUGUGUGCUCGAUGGCGUCAUGCUCAACAAAGAUGUCACGCACCCUAAAAUGCGCAGGAGAAUUGAGAGCCCACGAAUUAUUCUAUUGGACUGCUCAUUGGAAUACAAAAAGGGAGAAUCACAAACGAACAUUGAAAUUACCCGCGAAGAAGAUUGGAGCAAGAUCCUUGAGAUCGAAGAACAGCAGGUUAAACAAAUGUGUGACAAGAUUCUUGAAUUUAAACCAGAUCUCGUUUUCACAGAAAAGGGAGUAUCGGACUUAGCACAGCACUUUUUGCUUAAAGCGAAUGUGACUUGCAUCCGUCGCGUCCGAAAAUCUGAUAACAACCGUAUAGCUCGUGCUACUGGUGCACAAAUUGUGAACCGUGUUGAUGACCUACGCGACACUGACGUCGGAACGCGCUGCGGUCUCUUCCAUGUUGAGAAACUCGGUGACGAAUAUUUCACGUUCUUAGAAAAAUGCCAAGACCCCAAGGCAUGCACGAUCCUGCUGCGUGGGCCAUCCAAGGACAUUCUAAAUGAAAUUGACCGAAACCUAGCUGAUGCCAUGUCCGUUGCAAGAAAUAUUGUCUUUCAUCCAUUAUUGGCUCCUGGCGGCGGAGCGACGGAAAUGGCUAUUUCUGUCGGUCUCGCCCAAUAUGCUGGGCAGUCAUUAGAGGGCGUUGAAGUGGCAGCGGUUCACGCAGUUGCAGAUGCGAUGGAAGUGAUUCCCCGAACUCUUAUUCAGAACUGUGGAGGAAACACGAUUAAAACAUUGACGCAGCUGCGUGCGCGACAUGCGAAUGGCGAGUAUUCAUAUGGUGUCGACGGAAAUACAGGACGUGUGGCGGACAUGAAACAGUACGGACUGUACGAGAGUGCAUCUGUGAAGAUCCAAAUUCUUAAAACAGCUAUUGAAUCCGCAUCUCUCCUGCUCCGCGUCGACGAUGUAGUUUCUGCCAAGCGAGGAGCUCAAUCAGGCGCAAGUGGACCUACUGCUCCCAACAUGGCCAUGGCAGGCGGUGAAGAAGGAAUGGGUAUGGCAUAA